AUACGCUUCGAGGGCGCGGACUGCAGAAGGGGGCGGAUCGAAGGAACUGUGAUCAGUUUGAGAGGGAAUACCCGUCAUCGUACAACUUUUAGUUUAAAAGCCGAGGCAUGAUCGCAACUGAAAGUCAGUAUCACUUCUAAUCGUGUUUCGCGGUUCUCGUCAGACUUGGUGAUCAGCAUGGAUUAUAUCGUAAAAUUGACUUCUGUGGCCAUCGUCAUCGCAUGUGCUUUCGAAGGAGCUCCGGUAGAUACUCCCGAGGAAAGCGCUGUGGCUACAUCAAUGACUAGUGCUACAAGUAUCAAGAAUUGGCCUGUAAUAAUCAGCCGCGAAGAAUGGGGGGCUCGUAAAACUGUGGGUCAUGUACCAUUGGUCGUGUCCCCGGUGCCGUACGUCGUCGUGCAUCACGGUGGUAUUCCCCAUUACUGCUACGACCAGGAAACUUGUUCGAAGAUUGUACGAAGUUACCAGGAUCUCCACAUGGACACUAACGGGUGGAUCGACGUUGGAUAUAAUUUCAUUAUCGGAGGUGAUGGCAAGGUUUACGAGGGCAGAGGGUGGAAUAAUUUCGGGGCUCAUGCCCCUGGCUAUAACGGACAAGGAAUCGGAAUCUGCAUAAUCGGAGACUACACCGCCUACAUGCCGAACAACGCAUCACUGGCAGCGCUAGAUUGGCUGAUAAAAUGCGGAAUCCGUGCGAGAAAAAUCGAUCCUGGAUACAAAUUGAUUGGCCACCGUCAGAGUCGUGUAACGGAGUGUCCGGGGAGUACUUUUUACGGCUAUCUACAGGGUUUGCCCCACUGGGAACCGAAGCCCCAACCUUCGACGACGACUUCAUCCGCUGUUGUGACGAAGACGAGACCAACCCCGAAUGGUAAAACGGUAGCACUCGCAGCAGAUGUAACCGGCAGCAAGCUCUGGCGAGAUCUGAUCUCCCUGGGGAUACCUUACACGCCGUACACCACCGAACAAUCAGGGACCACGAAUGCGUCAACCGCGCAAACCCUGGGGAACGUCGUCGACGCGGGAUCAGAAACUACAAAUGUCAAGAAUCAUUGGGAGCUGCUGUUAUCAUCGAGUCAAGGCUGGCCUCGAUAUCUUGUCCGUUCUUCCUCGCCUUGCAUCAUCCGCCGUCCCGCAGCUAUCGGCAAUCGCAUGUGUCGGAUAACCAUUGGCGUCAUCAGUAGCUUACCGAGCACCAAGAUGAACGUUGCUCGUGGAAUUUCUGCAGUCAGUUUGCUGCUCCUGAAAGUUGUGUUUUCAUACGCCGACUGUCCACCUGUAAUAACUAGAGCGCAAUGGGGUGCUCGUGCGCCUUCCGGCACCGUCUCUGCGUUGAGCUCCACACCCGCACCAUUCGUCGUGAUUCAUCACGCGGCGUCUUCACCGUGCACUAACCAGGCCGUGUGUCAGGCAAAAGUCCGAAGUUUCCAAACGGACCAUAUGAACAGGAGAGCUUGGAGCGACAUCGGAUAUAAUUUCCUGGUCGGAGAGGAUGGCAACGUUUACGAAGGUCGAGGGUGGGACAAACGAGGGGCUCACACCGUACCGUACAAUUCAAGAAGCAUAGGAAUUUGCUUCAUUGGAAAUUUUGCCAAUCGUGAGCCAAGUGCACUUGCAGUAAAUGCCACGAAGCGUUUGAUUCGGUGCGGGGUUGACCUCGGCAAAAUAUCCAUCAACUACGAACUUCUCGGACACAAACAAGCGGCAUCCACCAACUGCCCGGGCCAACAGCUGUUCGAUAUGAUAAAAACUUGGCCCCAUUGGCUUGCCAAUCCUUCGAGUUGAACGUCAAUAUCAAUAGUCUGUGUAACGUUCCGGGACAUGGGAACGUGUAAAUGAUUACCCGGAUCUAUAAAUAUUCGCGUGUAUCAUCUUACAUACUCAUACGCUUGUACGUCGAUUAUAAUUUUAUUUUUAUCGAAGCAGAGAAAUGUCGAAUGUUACUUCAAUAGCACGUUGGGAUAUUGUCGUCACAAUUUCCAACACACGUAUAAACAACUAAUAAACUGAAAAUAAUAAGAAA